AUCCUGCGCUGCUGCGCCUUCACAGAGGAGGCCGGGCGACGAUAUGAGCCCACCUUGCUUGCGGUCUCGCGCCACGCACUGAGACCGCCGCCUGCGAAGGCCGACGACCAUUUCGCUCAAAAAAAAAAAAAACAUCUGCUGGCUCUGAUCAGAAGACAGAAUCACAUCGAGAGCCAGUCCGGGAAAUGCGUCGCCGCUCUUCGCAGAGUUCGGUCAUUGCUCCAGCGACCGCUGCCACCGCUCCGUCGACUGCAGAACGAGGCUCGUGCCAUGCCGAGCGCUUCCAUAAUUGGAUUUCGCGACAAUGAAAUGGCCAUUCACUGAACCGCCAUUGUGAAGGCCAUGCUGUGUUCCAGACAAAGCUGUUCAAUGCACGCAUGACCGUUUCAUUCCCCGGAAAUCAUGGCCUUCCCGACUUUCAGUGUUUAGCCACCAGCAUGCCACCCUCAGAGAGCCAACAGCAAUUCCCAAAUCCUGCGCCUCCGUCUCUUUCCGCUGGCGAUCAUGAGUCGCGCGACUACUACGCUGCCCAGGACGUAUCACGACCUCCGCAACAAAACCAUCCUUACCUGACACCCUAUCUCGGUCUUCGAGCGAGACUCUCGCAGACCUGGAUUAAUCGCUGGACCAUUCUUCUUUUACUUGUACUAGUCCGGACAAUCAUUGCCAUUGCAAGUGUGCACGACAAUUUGGUGGUGGCGAGAAGGCAAGCAUUGAGUGCUUGUACUUCUGUGGAAAAUGUGGGCUCAGCAAUGGCAAGCAUGCCUCACUACAUGAGCCAAGGCGUUAACGAGCUUACCGCGCAGAGCAUCGAAAAGGCAAUCAACGGUCUGAUGCAGAUGCUCAUCCUGGCCUUGACUGCUGUCGAGGAGAUUGUCGUCUUCGUCAUCAAUUUGCUGACUCAGACCUAUCUUUGUCUGAUUACCCUCGCCGUUAGCGGCAGUCUACACGUCGCUGUUUCUGUGGCCGAAGACGUUGGUGAUUUCCUCAACUCGACUGCGAAAGAUGUCGGCAAAGGUCUGGGCGAUGUCGCUUCAGACUUUCAAGAUGCCAUGAAUGGCUUCCUCUCUGGCCUCAAUGACAUCGGAAGCAUCUUGACUGGAAAGGACAAGAACUCUCCCAAGCUGGACCUGAGCAGCGAGAUCGACAAGCUCAACACCCUUCAAUUGCCCAGUGGCUACGAUCAAGGCCUCCGGAACCUCAACAAGUCUAUUCCUACGUUCGCGCAGGUCAACAAUCUGACGCAAACAGCAAUCAGGUUCCCCUUCGAGGAGGUCAAGAAGUUACUCAACGAGAGCUUGCCGCGCUACACCAUGAAUCACUCCAUGUUUCCAGUACCUGCGAAAGAGCAGCUCACGUUCUGCUCUGACAAUGACGGCGUCAAUGACUUCUUUGACGACCUUAUUGCGAUCAAGAACAUGGCGAAGAAGGUCUUUUUGGGCGUCAUCAUCACUGCCGCGGUCUUGGUCAUGGCCCCGAUGGCAUGGCGAGAGCACAGACGGUGGAAAAUGAUGCAGGAGCGUGCGCACCUGGUCCAGGACAAUGCACGUGACCCACUGGAUGUUGUGUACAUCGUUUCACGACCGUACACAUCAGGGGUAGGGCUCUGGUUCGCCCAGAGAUUCUCCUCGGCCCGCCGUCGAGAUGCCGUUCGAUGGGCCAUCGCCUACGCUACUACAGUACCGGCACUUUUCGUGCUGUCACUGGCCAUCGCUGGUCUCCUGAGCUGUCUUUGUCAAUAUAUCCUGCUCAAAUCGCUUGAGAAAGAAGUUCCAGCUCUCGAGAAUCAGAUCAUCGGCUUCUCUGACAAAGUUGUCAACUCGCUCAACAACGCAAGUGAGCAAUGGGCUAUCGGCACCAACAACGUCAUCAAUGACACGAACACUAACAUCAAUGAUGAUGUCUUCGGCUGGGUCAAUAUCACCACAGGCGCUGUCAACAACACGCUGAAUGUAUUUGUUGACGAGAUGAUGGGUGCCCUCAACGACACCUUCGGUGGCACUAUUCUAUACGAUCCGAUCGUAGAAGUUCUCAACUGCUUAGUGCUGCUCAAGAUUGAGGGCAUCCAGAGAGGACUGAACUGGGUGAGCGAACAUGCUCAUAUCGACAUUCCGAUGCUUCGCAACGAUACAUUCUCGCUUGGCACAGCUUCGAAGCUGUCCGGCUCAUCGGAAAACCUCGUGGCGACUGGACCUGAUGGUGCCGCUGCCGAUGCGAUCAGCGAUGCUGUCAAUCACGUUAUCUCCGCCCUUGCCAAUGGUAUUCGUCAAGAAGCCAUCAUCUCAUCUUGCGUCUUGCUGAUAUGGGUGAUCAUUGCUCUCAUUGCUAUCUUCAGAGCAUUGUACAUGCUUUGGAGAGGUGCCGGAGUUGGCACGCACGAUGGCUCGGUUCCGAAAGGUCGCCUGUCAUCCUCAGAAGAGAAGUUUGAACUUCGUGAGGUGCCCACCUACGAGCAGGCGACCGGAAUCGCCCACACAGGAGACCAUUCUGGUAACAAGUACAAUGGCCAGUCGUACACUCUCACUCCGGCGCCACUUCCGACCUUCGAAGUCAAUAGUGCAACGUCGCCCGUCAUGCAUACCGGCUUCAGUCCUCCUACCGAGAAGACCGGCACAGUCAACGGUCGAAACGCAAGCAUACGCCGACAAACCCACAUUCGCGUUUCCAGCCACGGAGCCUACGCCAUCACUUCACCAGCGUCGCCACCUCAACCAAAUCCAUUCCUUAGUACAAGCGAAUCCAAGGAUCCCAGGCAGAAUCCAUUCGCCGACCCUGUCCAUUGACCCACUGUCAUGAGUUGGCGUCAAUCACGCACCUGACCUUUUCAUCUCCCAUCGUCGACUGGGAGAGUUCUGAGUCAUCCGCAUGAUCAUAUGGACAGGUCUGUGACUGCCGACGAGACUUUAAAUAUGCUCAGACCGAGAUGAGUAUCCGGUCUCUGUUAUCUUGCAGCACCCUGUUGCUGCGAUACAGGCGCAUCACGCAGCACCCGUGCUGGUAUUUGCGCAAAUUGCGACUUCUUUUAUUGCGUUCUUGAGUUGUGCGCUGCCCCUGUGGCAGCGGUGUCGAAACCCUUUCCUUCUCUCCUCACCAUGAUCCGGACGACGUCAAGAUACCCAAGUGCUGGACGAACUUGACGUCUCCUGCGAUCUGGUCGCAUGAGAGAGACUUGAGAAAGAGUUGCAUUUCCUUUGGUUAGUCGCCCUCGUCGCGCCAUCCAUCCCGCCCCUAUACUCCAUUCCUCCAAUUUCCGUGUCGAUACCGUCGCCUCUGGCCUCCGCUGGUCGAUGAACCUGGUACUUUCGGCGACAUUAUCUGUUGAGGCUUGGCCCAGGUAAAACCACAUCCGAACGAUGCAGAGUUCCGACCACGUGGGAGGUGUCGCGAAGAUGCACUUUACGAUUGUUGGCAGAAUGGAGCAAGGGCCGGACAUGUGUUGUCAAGCUUUAGGUGCUUGACAAGAGUAGCUUUGCCGAUCCUAGGAGAGGGAGCUGCUUGCGUAUGGUCGCUCACUCGCCCUACCUCAGUUCAGACCUUCCUUGCUGCUAUGCGCAGGACUGUUUGUCUAGAACGAGGUACUGGUUGCUGACAGGUAACGAGCGUUCCAUGAGAUUUCGAGGGAGACGGCAUGAUGUGCGGUUGUUCAUUUGGCAUCCCUGUCCUCUGGACACGGGGUUGGUUCAUCCUGCUGGGUUCGUCCUUGUGCGAGACCGUGGGAGUCUGAUGCUCGUUUCUGUGUGUAGAAAGCUGGCGCUGGGCUGUACAUGGAGCGAUGGCAGGACGUUUGGAGGAGACAGAUGGCUGUACCGGACAUAGCUGACAAGAACCUACUCCUCC